AUGGUACGAUCACGUCAGCCGAAGCGCGAUUCAAAUGUGCUCGCCAACCUUGGGACUAGGCCUUCACGCAAAAGACGAGCAGAUACCCCACCUCGAAAACCUCCUGAUAUACCGAAAUCGAUUUCUGAUGCGCUUGGCAUUUACCCGAGUAGAACAAAUGACCAGCCCAUUCAACAGAACAACAAUCAUCAUUUGAAUGAUAUCGACAUAAAUGAUGACCCGGUAGCAGCUCAAUUUAUACCUCAUCCUGAAAACCCGGAAGCCAAUCCUCCUCCGAUUUCUAUUCCUGGUACACAAUUCGCUCAAGAAAGUCGAGAGUAUUGGAAUGCAGAGGCUCGACGACUUGAAAAAAUCAAAUGGGCCGCCAUAGAAUCCGAAAUGACCGCUACCUAUCUUGAAUGCCAGCAUCGUACAAGGAACUGGACUUCUCAAGCCUCUUACCUCGAUGUAAAUCUCAUCUGCCAAUGUCCGGAUUCAAAACUUGUCAAGCAAACGGUCAACCUCUAUGAACAGUCAAGCUUUCAAUUUCAAAAAGAGAUCACAUUUUGUUCAUGUAUGCCGAGACCGGUACGGCUCUUACACUACGGAUAUAUUGCAAGCUCAAGUCAAAUUCCCAAGACAGCUUUUGCAAUCCCACUCUUACAAUUCCAUCAUCAACUGUGGAGCGAGACUGUUGUAGCAAGCACAGGAUUUGUCAAUGCGUUGUUUAAAUUUCUCAAAUCACGAAGCGACGGAAGUGAAACAAAUACAAAACUCAAAAACACCCAGCACCAGUCUCUUAUACAUGAUCGAGAUUUGAGAAAGCAAUUCACACAAUCAGUCAAUAUGUAUCGAUCUAUGAGUAUUUGUACGAAGCGAAUUUAUACACAAGGCCUGAAGCUUUCUAAUGCUCAGCUUUUGGCCGACCGAUGUGCACGUUGUUUCGGUCCAGCAAUCAAUGAAAAGAAGAUUUCACCUCAAGAGCCAGAUGUUAUAGUGGCCUUAGAUGGUAAUUUCCAACAUCGUCACUAUACAAAGUCAAGUAAGGAUAAUCCAACCGAAGAAGAAUAUCCCGAUAUAUUUAUCAAGCCCUCUAGUAUGAAGAAAAACGAAAUUAUUCAAAAUUCGACUGAAAAUCAAGUCAAGAAUAUGAAGGACAAGUUUUUAUGUGGAGAUCACAUUAAUGUCAACAGGCUACAGAAUGCUCAAACAGUAUCUGGUCAAGCUAGAACAGCUCUUACAAGCCUAUCGAGCAAACGAAGUUCCCUUUUCCCUACCAUCAGAUACACUGACGACUUUUUGCGUCAACAGUGGCUUGUUGAGCGCAAUUCUCAACAGAAGAGGUGCCAUAUAAAAGAAGAACAAAAAUUAGAACUAGGCCGAUUAUUAUAUUAUGAGGAGAUGGCUCAAACGGUGUGUGACGAAAUCAAUUUCUCAAGGGAUAAAGAUGCAGAAAAUGUUGAAGAAGCGGUGCUUAGGUUAAAAGAACAUAAUACAUACAAAAAGAAGAUCGAAAAACAGCGUGAAAAAAUUGGUUCCGAAGUGAUUCUCAACAAUCUGGAUGCUCACGAACAAGACCAGAUCUUGAAGAUCUGGUACACUAAGCAAGAGGUUCGUGAUCAGUUUCUGGCAAUUUGCAAACAGAAACGACCUUUGGAUAUAAGCCGACGUGAUGGAAGGAAUUCGAGUAUUGGCUACAACGACAAGACACCUCUACUCAAGACACUCCGCGAUCAGGCAGCUAAAUUGAAAACCAAACUAGAAAACUAUCAGAAGAUGUUAAGUACAUAUUCAACCACGUCUCCACAUCGAUCUCAACCUGCAAACAUCACCUACCCUGAAUUGCUAAAGAUCGACUUUGAUCACCCAUUCUGGAACGAUGGCUUGUUCACAAACGGACGGGAACCUUGGGCGAUUGAUGCUAACACACAGUAUGGAAUGCAACAGGUCGCCUAUUUGGAUCGGGCUAGUGAGGAGAUUUGCCGAAUAGGAUGGGAAGUCAGGAGAGUAAUGAGGUGGGCAAUGAACUCGCACAAAUCUCUUUAUAGUUUUUUGUUUCAACUUCAAUCACAUCAAUACGAUGACGAGGCAAUUCAAAUGGAACUUCCCCUGGUUCAACAUCCGGCUCUAAGUUCACUCAGUAGACCGGGAAUUAUCAGUAUCUUGAAUGAGGAAGAUGAUGAGAUUCAGAUGGAGAUUCAAGGGACUGGUGGGGUAUUACCUAAUGAGCUAGGAGUGCAGGGUGUUGUGAAUAUUUAUGAUGAGUCCAAUGAAAGUGAUGAAGAAAUUGAGAAGGAGGAUGAGGAUAUUCAUGAAGCACUCAAUGUUUUUUCCAAUUUGUCUGUUACCUGA